UCAAAACGUUUUGGUGCGGAAUAAGUUGUAAUUUUAAGGUUGCUUCUUGCAGACUCGCUCUCGCAGUCGCUAGUCUCGCUCGCCAUGGAAGAGAGCACAUUCGAUCCUGAUCUGAUUCACGCCAUCUUCAAGCUUGAGUGGAGCAGAAGAUCACUUGAGCGCGAGAAAAACGAGAGCUCGGAUGCUAUGGAUUGUGAGGUUGACGCUGGAACAUCAAAGAAGAGCAGGCCGAUGUCAGCCAAUGCUAAUGCACUUAAAUUGACCUCUAAACUUCUACAAAUCUUUGUGUCAGAGGCCGUACAGCGUGCUGCAACAAUUGCUGAAGCAGAAGGUAUUAGCAGAAUUGAAGCCACUCAUUUGGAGAGGAUUCUUCCGCAGUUACUACUGGACUUUUGAGGUAGCAUUCCGUUUCAAUGUUUUGCUCUUGAAGAUUAAGUUCUUGAUUUAUGGAGUGAUUAUUGGGGCUGUAUCAGUCGUUAAUGCCUAAGUUUGCUAAUAUGAGAGAGAUCUCAUAAAUAGAAUGGGAUUGGGGGUAGAUAUUGGUAUAUGUUUCAAGUAGUUUGUAAUUGGGAGGGUAGGAGAGAGUUUUCUCGUUUUGUAGCCUUCUUCUGAUCCCAAUACGAACAUCAAUCUAGUUCAUCAGUCCAAUUCUAACUCGGUGCUCACACUCCAUAGUCUAUAUAGAAGUAGGUUUCAGAAUGCACAGCUGGUGUUGUGGAUAAAUUUCUCAAUGAAAGAACUUCCUAUCCAUUAAAAAUUCCUCUUGCUGGUUUGUUUGGUUUUUGUAA